AUGGGAAUUAAAAAAUUUUUUUGCUGCGGCACAAAUAAAGAUUUGGAACAAGGCCCACCUACACCUACAACAUCUACACCACCAAAUUAUGAUUCUGAGAAAUUACCUACUACGGACAAAGUAACUGCGCCAGUUACCAAUAAGCCUCUACAAAUAGUUGAGCCAGAUUUGGUAAUUUCCGAUGGAACGGAUAUUGUUAAUCCCUCACAAUCGAGUGGUAAAGUAGCUUUAAUUUAUAUAUUGGUUCAGAUACAAAUUAAGCUUUAA